GAUCAGGCGGAGAGGAGGAGCCAGGGACACCGAGCGGGUGGAGCCCGAGAACGGGGAGGCGUCUUUCCUGGGCCCCGCUCGGUCGGGCUACCAUGGCGUUUGGAAAGAGCCACCGGGAUCCGUUUGCGACCUCCGUGGGCCACCUUAUAGAAAAGGCUACGUUUGCGGGCGUGCAGACUGAAGACUGGGGCCAGUUCUUGCACAUUUGUGACAUAAUCAACACCGCCAGCGAUGGGCCAAAGGAUGCCGUAAAAGCGUUGAAGAAAAGGAUUUCCAAAAACUACAAUCAUAAAGAAAUCGAACUUACUUUGUCGCUUAUUGACAUGUGCAUGCAGAACUGUGGUCCAAGUUUCCAAUCUCUGAUUGUGAAGAAGGAGUUUGUUAAAGAUAGUCUAGUUAAGCUGCUGCAACCCAGAUACACCUUGCCACUAAACAUUCAGAAUAGAAUUUUGAAUUUCAUUAAGACUUGGUCCCAGGGUUUCCCUGGAGGUGUGGAUGUAAGUGAGGUGAAGGACGUGUACCUUGACCUGCUUAAGAAAGGUGUUCACUUUCCUCCCUCAGAGGCAGAGGUGGAAGCAGCAGAACAAGAGACUGCUCAAGUCUCAUCAAAUCCACCCACCUCUGUUCCUACUGCACCGGCUCUUUCUUCUGUAAUUGCUCCCAAGAAUGCGACUAUUACAUUGGUCCCAGAACAGAUUGGCAAGUUGCACAGCGAGCUGGACAUGGUGAAGAUGAAUGUGAAAGUGAUGUCCGCCAUCCUGAUGGAGAAUAUUCCUGGAUCUGAGAACCCUGAAGACAUGGAGCUUCUGCAGAAACUUUACAAGACGGGCCGGGAGAUGCAGGAGCGAAUCAUGGACCUGCUCGUGGUGGUGGAGAAUGAAGACGUAACUAUUGAGCUCAUUCAAGUGAAUGAGGAUCUGAAUAAUGCCAUCCUUGGCUAUGAGAGGUUUACUCGAAACCAACAAAGGAUUUUGGAGCAAAAUAAUCAGAGGGAAGACACCAAUGCUGCCACGGAACCUUCUGCCCCAUCCUGUGAUCUUCUUGACCUAAGCCCCAGCACUCCGAAUCAUAGGGCUACUCUGGAAGAGGUCAACGCCAUGAAUGCUCAGCUUUCACACUUAAGUUUCAGCUCUCCAACUCCUGUGAUAAUGAACAGCUUGCAGCCCAGUUCUCGCCCACAAAUGGAUCUGCUAGCCUUGGAAAACACGGACACAGCCAUGUUUGCCCAAAGGACCAGCCAAAACCCCGACUCAAGUCAUACAUAUGAGAGUCUUCCAGUAUAUCAAAAUUCAGUGUUACUACAGCCGGUGAGUCUACACACCGUUCCAGCCUCACCGUCAAACCAGACACUGCCAGCCUUGCCCGCCAACCACCCAGCGAUGACAAAGAAUGAUCUCCAGCUACCCAAUUACUACGAGGUAAUGGAGUUUGAUCCCUUAGCUCCUGCUGUCACGACAGAAGCUAUUUAUGAAGAAAUUGAUGUUCAUCACCGCAAAGGCACUCAAAAUCAUAGUGACUGUUAAGGUGAAAAGGACAGACCAGCUCACUAGCUGCAUUAGGGGUAACAACUCCAAGAGGUAGACUGUCCAGCUGUGAGGCCCCGAAGACAAGAUCUACCAACACUUUAAAACCAGGGUGGAACACUUCUCCUUGGCAACAGUGAAAUUUAAAUAGAAGAGUAACAGUUCAAGUUUUAUCUCAAAAAAACUUGCUUUUAACAUUUUUCACUUAAAACUCCAACAGAAGAAAAAAAAUUCAUUGUACUGGGGCCAAUCAGGUUAAUUCGAGCAUCUUAUGUUUCUCAGGCGUUCCUACAUUUAGAAAUCAUCACAUGGCUGUGAUGAGAGUAGAUGGAUAUUAUUUUAUUACAAAAUAAUUCUGAAUACAUGUAAGCACAAAAUGUAAGAAACUAAAUAUAGUAUUCAGGAGAAGAGUGAGUGCCUUCAUUUAACUAAAGCCGAAUAUGUGCACUUUUUUAUAAAUAAUAUUCUUGUUUAGAAUUAUGAAUUGUAAAAACUUUAAUAUUGUAGUUCCUAUUUCAUGUAUCCUGAAGAGGUCACAGGAUGCUACAUCAAGUUGCCUUUAAAUACAAUUCUUUAUAAUACUAAAUGUUCUCUCUCUCUUUUUUUUAUUGCAAUUUAAAUUUUUUUUGAAACAACGACCACUGGAAAAUAUUCAGAAUAAAUUAUACAUUCAUUUAUAUCAUAAAUUACAAUGACAAAUAAAUUACUAUUAAAACAA